AAGAAUGCAGCAUGCAGGCAAGGCAGCGCGAGCUCAGACAGAAGACAGGAAAAGGAGGAGAUCGAGUUGGUUAAAUAGCUGAAACUUACCUUUGGUGAAGACAUAGAUUAGAGAGAAAGUAAGACACAGCUCAGAGGCACUAUGAAAGGACUGAAUGUAAGCAGAUCGCAGAAAAAGGCAAAAAGUCUAACCUGAAAAUCUGAAGUAGCUUCAUCAUGCUAUGAUUUAUUGGAGAUUUUCCAAGAUCUACAUCAGACGGCAGAUUGGAAGUAGUUUGGAGAGAUGAUCAUUUCACAGAGCAGUCAUUGAUGAAAAGUGUGUGUCAAAAUUUCAAAGUAAAGCCAACCAUAAACAAAGCGCUGGUCUUAAAAACUUUGGAAGUUAAAAACAAGGAGUACUAUCAAUUUCCUGGCUGAACUACAACUGCUCUACAUACUGUAUGAUUUUGCCACCUAAUAGGAGCAACAAUGCAACAAAACAUGCAAGUUGAAUAAAAAACAGGGCCACCAAAAGACACAGGGGUGACUGCUGUAUCUUCAGAUCGAUAACAGUUUUCUCAGAAUGUCCUUAUUUUAAAGUACUUUGCUUUGAGCCGACGAUAUACACUCCACAUUCUGCUUAGAGGAAUUGCAGUACAUGCAGAGAGAGAUUAUACCUGCAGGGACAGACCAAAACCCAGACAUUAACACAAAGUCAUGAGUGAGACUAUUCUUCAGUUUCUCACAGGCUUUUGGAACAUCACCGCCAUCAAGCAUGACCAAGGCGUCUACAACACUGUGUGCCUUGCCAUUCUUCUUUCACUGCCAGCGCUGGUCCUUCUCACCUCGCUGGUGAUCUGCUGUCAUUGCUGUUGCUGUCAAAAGGACAAAGCUGGCAGAUGCUGCCAAUCCAGGAACCACACAGGCAUCUCCAAAGCUGAUGCAAAGAAGAAGAAGAAGACCACCAAGGAUGAAGACCUUUGGAUCUCAGUGAAGACUGAACCAAUGGCUUCUGAAAGAAUGACACUCACAGUGGUUUAAUGGGCACGCACACAGACACCUGCUCGCACAUACACACACACACACACAGUUCACACAUUUAAAAUCCAUGUAAACAGAGUGGAAGUGAAUGGGCAUAAUUUUAGAAAAAUACCUUUGGUGAAGACAUAGAUUAGAGAGAAAGUAAGACACAGCUCAGAGGCACUAUGAAAGGACUGAAUGUAAGCAGAUCGCAGAAAAAAUGAGUGUACGUAUGUAAUCCUUUUUAACAAUCUGACACUCAUUUUUGUGUGUAUGGAAUUGGGUACCUAAAAUGGUACCAUCACUGACUGACUGAUUCACAUGGAUUCCUGAGAGAAUGAUUAUCUACUAGUAUAUUAAAAGGGCAGAUUCUGUACUUGACUGACAUUAAAAUGAAUGUUUAUGUUUGUAGUAGUAAGGUGGAAAUUAAGCAAUGCAAAAUAUUUCUUUGCUAUACUCAGUUUUUACUUUCUCAUCAAUAUUAAUGCAAAAAGUAAAAUAUACUCUUUGUCUGCUUCUUUCUGUUAUAUUUAAUAUUUGAUUGACACAAUGUUAUAAAAGGAAUAUUCUGGAUCUUUUUCAUGUACUGAUUUUUAUCAGCUUGGCAUUCCUCUCAAAUGCAACCCAGAAUAGUUUCCUGUAUUGUGAGCUGUCCAUUCUACAGCUGAUUGAUGGAGGACAUGUGUUCCACAAACCAAAGAGCCUGAACCCAUUCACAUCAGCACAUGACUGUAGUGCAGUUUGACUUUUUGUUCCAUUACUGACUGUGCUUUCACAAAUACAACAUGCUAAACAUGC